GAGCAUUGUAAGCUACGCAAACAUGACAUAAAUGAUAAAAAAACCUCAUCCAAAAAAAGUUGAGUAGGGUAAGCUAAGCUAUUAAAAUCGAAACAAAAGAAUUCUACGUCGUUUUCCAUCAAACAGUCACCAAAAAUGAAAAUUAAAAAUAAAAUAAAAUAAAUAGAGAGAUCCAAUAAUCAGCCAAAAUAGCUACGUCGCCAUUUUCCAGCUCCGUCAUUAUCUUCCAAUCUCCUUUGUUGUGCAAGUUGAAAUCGACGGCGAUAGAGUGUGCUAGCUAAAGAGAGUAGUAAAAAAAAAGAAAAGAAUCUCGUCGAUGUUCAUUUCAUUUAAGGAGAAAUAAAUUUACUACUAUUAUUAUCCAAUCGAUGUAAAGAAUGAGAGCACCGAUAAUUUAUUCGUUGCGGUAGCUGUUUCUUGUGUAGAUGAUGAUCGAUCGACACUUUGCGUUUUGUUAAAUGGAGAUUUCUUCGAAUCGAUGAAGUGUUUCCGGUUUUGUUAUGAAUCUGAGUGUUAGAUCGGCUUCUUGAUGCAUUGAGUUUACUUUUUUUCUUUCUUUUGUUUUUGGAGUGGAAUCGAUAUAAUUUUCUUUCUUCCUUUUUUUGGGGAAAACAAUGAUCAACGGCGGUUCCGAAACAGCCGUGGCUCCGGUGGGAGGAUCGCAACCGCUUGACUGGAAGUUCUCUCAGGUGUUCGGAGAACGGACGGCCGGAGAGGAAAUUCAGGAAGUUGAUAUCAUAUCUGCAAUUGAAUUCAAUAGAAAUGGCGAUCACCUUGCUACCGGUGAUCGUGGGGGUCGGGUGGUUUUGUUUGAAAGGACUGACACUCAAGACCAUGUUGGACAUCGAAGAGAUCUAGAGAAGAUGGAUUAUCCAAUCAAUAGGCAUCCUGAGUUUCGCUAUAAAACAGAGUUUCAGAGCCACGAACCUGAGUUUGACUAUCUGAAGAGCUUGGAAAUUGAGGAGAAAAUUAACAAAAUUAGGUGGUGCCAGUCAUCUAAUGGUGCUCUUUUUCUUUUGUCGACAAAUGACAAAACAAUCAAGUUAUGGAAGGUACAAGAGAAGAAAGUCAAAAAAGUAUGUAACAUGAACGUGGACUCAACCAAAGCCAUGGGAAAUGGUCCUAUUGUUGGUUCAAGUAUAUCAACAAGCUCCAAACAAUACAUUGCAAAUGGAGGAUGCACGAGCAAUGACUUCUCAUUCCCAACUGGGGGUUUCCCAUCUUUGCAUUUGCCUGUGGUAGUAACCAGUCAUGAGACAAACCUUAUGGCCAGAUGUCGAAGAAUAUAUACUCAUGCUCACGACUAUCAUAUCAAUUCCAUAUCCAAUAACAGUGAUGGUGAAACUUUUAUUUCGGCAGACGACCUGCGAAUCAAUCUUUGGAACCUGGAAAUUAGCAGCCAAAGUUUUAACAUUGUUGAUGUGAAACCUGCAAACAUGGAGGAUUUGACUGAGGUGAUAACUUCAGCAGAAUUUCAUCCUACACACUGUAAUAUGUUAGCAUAUAGUAGUUCUAAGGGCUCAAUUCGUCUUAUUGAUAUGCGACAAUCUGCAUUAUGUGAUACUCACAGCAAAUUGUUUGAGGGACAAGAAGCUCCAGGUUCCAGGUCUUUCUUCACAGAGAUCAUAGCAUCAAUCUCCGACAUUAAGUUUGCCAAAGAUGGAAGGCAUAUACUAACUCGUGACUAUAUGACCCUUAAGUUGUGGGACAUAAAUAUGGAUUCAGGUCCGGUUGCAACUUUCCAGGUUCAUGAAUAUCUUAGACCUAAGCUUUGUGAUCUGUAUGAAAAUGAUUCCAUCUUUGACAAAUUUGAAUGUUGCCUAAGUGGAAAUGGACUUCGAGUGGCUACUGGUUCCUACAGCAAUCUGUUUCGGGUGUUUGGUUGUUCUGAAGGUAGUACGGAAGCAACAACACUGGAAGCCAGCAAAAACCCCAUGAGGAGACAAGGUCAGGCGACAUCAAGGCCUUCAAGAUCUCUUGGUAAUCUCUCUGGUGUUGUCCGACGAGUGAAUGGAGCAGAUAACUCGGGAGUUGAUGCAAAUGGAAAUGCUUUUGAUUUCACUUCGAAGCUGCUACACUUAGCAUGGCAUCCAACCGAGAACUCUAUUGCCUGUGCUGCAUCCAACAGUCUUUACAUGUAUUAUGCAUGAAGAGGAUCCAACGAAGCUUGCAAUUAUUUUUGCUGGGCAGAGCUUUUGGAGAGAUUGCUUUGCCUUCAUACCUUAUUUAAUGAUGCAGAAAAGCUGCACCCAUUUGUUGAACUCUUGGCUUCGAAGUCCAAUCAUGUCGACCACCACCAAAGCUCAAUGCCGCUGUUGUUGAUUUUGUCGAUGAAGUACAUUGACUUUAUGAUUUGAUGGCCACUGAUAUUAAUAUUCUUUUGUAGGGAUAGACACACAGUGCUAUCCCUAUUCUGUUUUGAUUAGGAUGAAGAAAAUUCAAUAGCACAACUCCAUCUAACAACUCAACCACCACCCCCCAAAAAAAAAAAAAACUUCUAUAAUUAGAGGCUUUUGCUGCAAUGUUACCAGGUUUGAGUUUGAGAUAAAUGAGAUGUCAACCAAAAUCUUCAGGAAAAAAAGGAGCUUAUAAUUCUCAUUGGUUAAAAUGUUAUUGUACCAUUUAGACUAUAUAAGUUUAACACAUUUCUGAAUUUUAGUUUAUUAAUAAUUAUUAUUGUUAUCAAAUUCCUAACUAUUCUUUUUGUUACUCCACAGAAUUGCCGCUGGUUUGUAUUGGUUUUUGGAUGGUGUAGAAGUGGAAGAAGCUCUCCUUUUAAAUCAAAUUUACUGAUGUCCAUUUUAAUUGAUCUAAACAAAUAAUAAAAUGCUAAUUACUUAUCAGUAUCUGUGUAGAUGUUGAAAUUAUGAGUUGUAUGCACUAUGCACACAAUAUCAGCUUCGGUUGUAGCUUAAAAAUUAAAAUAAAGGAAUAAGACAGAGAUGCAAAUGUUUAAAUAUUAAAUUUAUUGGACAUUAUUGUAUUAUAAACUUUAGGUACCUGAAUUGUUCCUAGUACAAGAGACAAGCCCAAAGGCCUAUUUGGCAUGUCGUGGGUGGCAACUUUAGUUCUUAGACCACCCUUAUGUAUUUCGAGUAUGGACUAUUUGUAUUUUUUUAUUAAAAUAUUAUUAUUUUGUUCAUAUUUGUUCAAUUAAGACUUUUUAUGAUUUUCUUUAUAAA